CAAAGACUAACUAAUGGCUUCAUCUUCAUCUGCAGUAGCCGUGACGCGAGACGAGUUCAAUGCUUUCCACAAGUGUGACAGAGCCCUUUUCCGCCGUUUUGUCGUGCGACUAAGGCGAGACAUUAAUCAGUCUCUCCAGGUCAUGAGCUUUCUCCUCUAUCUCGAGAAAAGUGGUCUUGUAAGCAACCUAAUCGUCAACUUUAAUUCUUUACCUGAUUUCUUCAUCAACACAGUGGCUGACGAAGUUGUUAUGUGUCUGAGUUGUUUGUCCUACGAAAAUUUCUCUAUGUUUGUUGCCAACUUUGGGAAAAAAAUCAUACCUUUGAUCACGCGGAUGACUGGAGAGUACCUUACUCUCGCAGUCAUCCACCAGAACCGUGAAAGCAUUCUUCUUGACAUGAAGAAGCAUUUAACCAGUAUAUGUUACCCAGCUUUUGAGGAUAUAUGCGUGCAAGCUGAGAAGGAAAAGGUGAUAGAGGAUAUGAAGCACUUGGGGUUUAGCAAGGCUGUUCAUAAAGCUGGAUCAAGUAGCCAGUUCUUAAGUGAACAACAAGCAACAACAAGAACAAGCAAGGUUGGUGUAUUCUCUGAGGAUGAGCAAGCAAGGGAAGACGACAGGACUGUCUUCCUCACAUUUUCUAGAGGAUACCCGCUUUCUGAAGCUGAAGUGCAUGCCUACUUCACCAGGAGAUUUGGAGAGAUUAUAGAAGCGAUAAUCAUGCCUGGAGGGGAAGGGAAUGAGCAGGCGCUGUAUGCAAAGAUGGUGUUACAUUCUGCAGCCAUGAUACCGGAGAUUGUAAGUGAUGGGAUCGAAAGGAACAAGUACACCAUUAAUGGAAAACAUGUUUGGGCUCGAAAAUACAUUCCCAGAUCCUCCAUUAAUAAUAAUCUUGCCCCAUCCUAUGGAGUUGCUCUCUAG